AUGAUUCAGACCUUGGAUCAGAGCCCUGAAGACCCUUCACAUUCAAUCAGCCUGGCGGCCCCGACCAAAGCAGGACCGAAACAGCUCAGAAGGGUAAGAAGGCUGUCACUUCUCCGCCGGAAGGAGAAGCAUCUGGUGAUAUUGCUGACGUCAGCAGCGGCAGCGCUGUGCAUCUGGGAGGAUGGGCAGCUGGUGCGGCACAAAGUGAUCACCGCUUACACGGUGCGCGCAAAGCAGGGCAAGUCGCAGCUGAAUCACAUGAGGGGGAAAACGGGCGGGGGGCUGAGCGUAGGAGGGUCGUUGCGGAUGCAAGAAACUGCCCGCCUCUUUAUUAGAGUCAACGAGAAGCUGACGGAAUGGGCUGACGCCCUCGAGGGCUGCGGAGCUCUUUUUCACAGUGGCCCGAUCCGCGCCUGGAAUGAGGUCUUCUCGUGUCGUGAUGUGCCAUGUCCGCUGGAUCGAAGGGACCCUCGAUGGGUGCGCGUGGGUCUGAGCACACAAAAGCCGAGGCUGAAAGAGCUGCAAAGGAUAUGCUACAUCCUGAGCCAUGGUGCGAUGGGCCCAAUCGACUGAGAGCGUUGGCUUUCAUACUUGCGGGGUGCUUGUGUUUCGAAAUGAGCCUGGGUCAGCAAUUACAACGAAUCUAAUACUCGAGUCAGGUUUGUAUUAGCAUGUUGCUCAAUAGGCCCCCGAAGAAUCUUGCACAUUCGACAUGCCGGUGGCCCCCUGUUACGCUUUGACGGCGAUUGAGGAGAAAACUCGUGAACGACCGAGUUGGUCGUCGGAUCAUAUCAUGGAAGCCUGCAGACAAGUUUCAAAGGUCAACCCAUGUGUUAUAACUGAGCCUUUGACCGGACAGUUGACCGCAAGGCUAGCAGUAGUGGAUUAAUUGGUUCGACGGUCA